AAGGACGUCAGUGUUUGACUUCGAGAUGACGACAAGAGGAUAAUUAUUAUAUUUGAGGAUUUUCAUCAGUUUUAUACAUUUGGACUAUGCUUUUCCACACUUUAUGCGUUGUUGCGUAAUAUUGCUCGAGUCUAUUGCAGUGAGGAUGUAUUUGUGUAUUGUCCUUUUAACGUGCGGCGCGCUGUUGGAACAAAGUAGCGCAGCGCCACAGAGGAAACGCUCUGCAGAUACCGAGCAUGUCCAACAGAUAGAGCCCCUGCAGCAGGAGGUUCAUGGGCACGAGAGCAUUCUGUCUCAGCUACUGGGUGAUUAUGACAAAGUGAAAGCCAUCUCGGAAGGCUCUGACUGUCGCUGUAAAUGUGUUGUCAGACCCCUGAGCAGAACCGCGUGCCGGCGGAUAGAGGAGGGACACGCGAGAGUGGAAGACUUCUACACCGUGGAGACUAUCACCAAUGGACCCGAGUGCAAGUGCGCAUGCAUCGCCCCUCCGUCUGCUGUCAACCCCUGCGAAGGAGAGUACAGGCUGAAAAAACUUAGAGAGGCUGGAAAGGAGAAUGCAAAGCUGUCGACCAUCCUGGACUUGCUUGAAGGAUCAUUAUAUGGUAUGGACCUGCUGAAGCUACACUCUGUUACCAACCAUCUGCUGGAGCGCAUCGAUCAUAUGGAAAAGGUGGUUUGGAACAAAUCUCAUGCUGAAGCAAAUCCUCAACAGAGCCCCCCACUACAGGCAGACAAUAGUGAGAGUCCACCAACUCAGUCUGCAAAUGAAAAGAAAAAUAAGAAUUUGUUGCAUACACAAGUCAACAGUGCCAAGUUCAAGGAGAAGUUUGUUAGAGAAAGUCCUUCUGUCCUCCACGCUGAGAGAUCUGCUGAAGUCAUUGAGAUGAGCUCUAAGGAGACUCCCAGAAGUACUGUCCACCAAGUGACAAAAACUGGACCCAAUGGACUCAUCAUUCGAGGAAUGACUUUCUACAAGUCAGAGUCAGAUCCAAUGGUAGCGGAUGAUGGCGAGCCCGGGGAGAACUUGUUUGAGUACGAUGGCUUCAGUGGAGAUGGCCCCAUUAAUCUUUUUAUUGAAGAAAAUCUUCUUCAACACAAAACUCCACGCCCCAGGGCCCGACUAGGACAAAGGACAUUUAAAUCAAAGACAUCAGAAUACAGAAAACCCAAGGAAGGAGACACUCAGAAAGAAUCACCAAAUAUUCCAUCUGAGACAACUACACAUUUUCCAAGUUCAACCAACUCUAAGCUAUAUUUGCAAAAGUACACUUCAAAACCCAAACUGUUACUAGUUGAUUUGACAGAUGAGCCACUUGUAACUAAAACUACAGUGGAACCAAUACCAUCCCCUGGAAAGAAGGCCAGUAAAGACAGUAAGUCAUUUUUAACAAGCAGGAUACCACCCAUCAUGAUGAAAACAUCUGACCAAACACUCAAUGUCCAACCUACCAUGGCUAGUUCAACUUCUACAAGUACUACCACUGCUACAACUAUGGUCCCUACAUCAUACACCACAACCUUGAAAUUAACAACAUCAGCUCUGUCUACUGAAUCUAGUAAAGAUGAAACACCUAUGCCACUUUCCACACAACCUUUGACCCCGCUGACCCCAGGACACAGCCCUCAGGCCUCAACCACACCUGGGACCAUCAUGUCUUCUGCAACGACUAUUACAGCAACUUUGUUUUCUUCCACUGCUGCUGAAACUGUUCCAGUUGAGUCAAAGCCAAUCAAAGUUGAGAAACUCCACACCAGAAAACCAGCAGACUGUAAGGACACUCUGGCAACCAUUUCUGAGCCUGUCACUCAUAACAUGUAUGGCAGGAGAGAAGGAGCUUGGAUGAAGGAUUCAAAGUCUGAUAGUGGCAAAAUAUAUGUCACAAACUAUUUCUAUGGGAACAACCUUCUGGAGUUUGCCAGUCUGGAAGUCUUUAAACAAGGCCAUUUUACCAAUUCCUACAAACUCCCUUACAACUGGAUUGGCACUGGUCAUGUGGUUUAUCGUGGAGCUUUUUACUACAAUCGUGCCUUCUCUCGGGACAUCAUCAAGUUCGACCUUCAUCAUCGCUAUGUUGCUGCAUGGACCAUGCUGCACGAUGUGGUCUUUGAAGAGUCUUCCUCACCUUGGGAAUGGCGCAGCUACACGGACAUCAAUAUAGCAGUGGACGAGAGCGGUCUUUGGAUCAUCUACCCAGCACUGGAUGAUGAGGGCUUCCUUCAGGAGGUGGUCGUCGUUAGUCGGUUGAACCCUGUAGAUCUAAGCAUGCAGAGGGAGACAACAUGGAGGACUGGACUCAGGAGAAACCAAUAUGGAAACUGCUUCAUUGUCUGUGGGGUGCUGUAUUUUGUUGACAGUUACAACCAAAGAGAAGCUAACCUAGAGUAUGCCUUUGACACGCACACCAACACUCAGAUGAUUCCCAGGAUGCCUUUCACUAAUAUUUACACAUUCACAACACAGUUAGAUUAUAAUCCUAAAGAGGGGGUACUAUAUGCAUGGGACAAUGGACAUCAAGUCACAUACAAUAUUAAGUUUGCAUAUGUAGAUCCUUGAGUGGUCAGUUUUAUAAGGACUCUUCAAGUGGGUUGUAGAUCAAUCCAGCCAAAAUAACUUUUUUGGCAUUGAUUUUUUUGUGUUUUCAAGACAAUUGUAGGUCUGGUUCCUCUAUAAACAAAUGUCUUGUUGUAUAUAUUGUACAGGUGUAUAAAAGCCUUGUGAGAUUAUUGAAUGUAGAGGACAAUGAUGUCAAGUAAAAUACAAAAAUAUGUUUGUGGCACUUACUUCCUCCAUAUUAGACAGUCUAGAUAAGAAAAUAAACUGCUUAUUUCUUC